GACCUUAGUAGUUAGUAGAAAUAAUGGUAGUAUUCGUACAAAAAUAGUACUCCUACUUCUGUAAAUCUGUGACCUUCUAAUCCUUUUUUUUUUUUCUUCCUAUUGUAGGACAAGAUUGACCAGAAAAUUACUCGGGCUUUUGGGCACCCUGCUCUCGAUGUUGGUCGCCCUCUUACAAUUAAGGUUCCAAUCUACAACGGCCUCCCCUUUCGACACACACAGGCUUCACUUUGCAGCAUUUUUCACCGUCAUCGUCAUCUUUACCGUAUUACUGGUAAUCGGAUUCAAACUCGAAGCUGAUAAUUCAGAGCGCCCGCCGACUAUUUUGAGCACAACCUGCCUCUUCAUCGGAUAUCUAAGUCUCAUCCCGCUGCUUUUGGUCAUCGAGCCUUGCGUUGCAUGGACGGUGCUCAUCCUAUGGUUCUUCUCCUUUGUAAAGUGGGCUCGGGAAUCCUUCAAGGAGAUCUGUGAUUCAAUUGUGUCUGCAGUUGAGCCUGCAAUUAGUUCUCUGAAAACCCUAUUUAAUUGCAGUCGCAAUCAGAACGAAGAAGCAAAUGUGUCUACCAAUGUUUAAGCCAAGAGAGUUUUCAACAUGCUGCAGAUUGCAGAAUAAGAGUGCCUUUGAACACCCAGACCAUGGCGGCUGUCAUCUACCUCUUUCAUCCCUUCUCCAAAACCCAUCCAUUUUUGCUUUUCUCCAAAUUCCGCAGUCGAUAUUGAUGCUAAUCAUCACAAGAAGGUGUUUUUAAAGCAAUCCCUCCUGUAUCCUUGAGAGAAGAAAAGAGUGGAGAAUGAAAAGGAAAGGAAAGAAAAGGAAAUGCCGAUG